GCCGGCGGGUAGAGGCUGGGCCGCGGAGGCCGGAGGGGAGGAGCCCGGGCCGCCGCCGCCGCCGCCGCCGCCCUGCAGGAGGGGAGCAUGUCUGCGAGUCGAGCCAAGAAAGUGAAGAUGGCCACCAAGUCGUGCCCCGAGUGCGACCAGCAGGUUCCUGUUGCAUGUAAAUCGUGUCCCUGUGGUUACAUAUUUAUUAGCAGAAAACUUUUAAAUGCAAAACACCCAGAGAAAUCACCACCUUCUACAGAGAACAAGCAUGAGGCCAAGAGGAGGCGAACAGAGAGAGUUAGGCGAGAGAAGAUAAAUUCUACAGUAAAUAAGGAUUUAGAAAACAGAAAGAGGUCUCGAAGUAACAGCCAUUCAGAUCAUAUCAGACGAGGAAGAGGAAGACCUAAAACUGCAUCUGCCAAAAAACAUGAGGAAGAAAGAGAGAAACAGGAAAAGGAAAUUGACAUCUAUGCUAACCUCUCUGAUGAAAAGGCUUUCGUGUUUUCAGUCGCCUUGGCAGAAAUAAAUAGAAAAAUUAUCAAUCAAAGACUUAUUCUCUGAUACUUGUCUGCAAGUGUGUUGCAACUGUCUUCAGGAUUACAUCAGCAAACUCUCAAACAGUUGAGGACUCUCAGGAGCAUGCUGACUGCAUCAAUAAGGGCCAUUGAUUGUUUUUUUUUUUUUUUUCCCC